AUGCCGAGAUUCUUUUGGCUGGAUUGUUUUUCUCAUAUUGUGAUUGCUCUUUCCAUCACAGCAAAGAGCAACAAGCAACAAACACGCUACUCAGAUUUCCUUCGAUCCUCUCUUCAAAUGGCGACCUCUGUUCUUUCCAAGCAAACACUAUCAAAAUGGUUCUCUAACAAGAGCUUCGUGCUAAGUGCCCAUCGCCUUCAUCAACAUUCCAAACAACAAUCAACAAAUGAUGAACACCAACAGAUAUUUUGUAAGUUGGACGCCAAUGGUAAUGGAAAGAUCGAAGGCUUUGAACUCAGAUCCUACCUUGCCUCCAUUGGCAUUGAUGGUGGGGAUGAUGAUCUGAAAAGAGGGUUUGAGAUGUUCGUAGCAAAGGGUUGUGGAUCCAUUACAACUGAGGGCUUGCAGAGAAUGUUCAGUCGCCUUGGGUACAAAAUAUCAAAUGAAGAGUGCAAGAAAGUCAUUCAAGCAUUCGACCUCAAUGGCGACGGUGUGUUUGAUUACUCUGAGUUCCAGCAGAUGAUGGCUUAA